GUUGCAGGCAGACACGCUGCAGGAUUUACUGCACAGAGACAAGAGUCCUUCUGAUAGUUUCACACUGAACUGACCAGUAACAUCUGCAAAAAUGGUUGAUGCUUUCUGCGCAACAUGGAAACUGGUCGACAGCCAGAACUUUGAUGAAUACAUGAAGGCAAUUGGUGUUGGUUUUGCCACAAGACAAGUGGGCAAUGUCACCAAACCAACAGUAGUGAUCAGCCAGGAUGGGGACAAAGUGGUGGUGAAAACCCAGAGCACCUUCAAGAACACUGAGAUCUCAGCCAAACUUGGAGAAGAGUUUGAUGAGACCACAGUCGAUGACCGGAAUGUCAAAUCUACCUUCACCAUGGAAGGAGCCAAACUUGUGCAAGUGCAGAAGUGGGACGGCAAGGAGACCAAAUUUGUCAGAGAAAUCAAGGAUGGGAAGAUGGUGGCGACUUUGACUUUUGAGGGAGUUGAGGCAACCCGCACAUAUGAGAAAGCCUAACUUUACCAUCCUACUUGAAUGAGCAAAUCACCCCCUGCACUGCAAAGGAUCAACAAAGUGUUCUCCUUUUUCUCUGUUUUCUUUUUUUUUUUAACAAAAAUGUUUUUGUUUGUUUUCACAGUGUAAUGCAGUGAUUUGCACUUGUAACAUGAGAUAAAUAUUUUGGGAAAUCUUUUGUAAGAUCUUUUGUAAGAAAUUCAGACUGUGAAGGGCCUAAAACUGUUAUAAAAUAAAAAUGAAAAAAUAAACUGCUCGACUAAA